AGUAGCAUUAAAAACAAAGAAAACUGCGUAAAAGAGUUACGAAGUGUGAAAAACUCAGUUUUCCAGUGUUUCUACCGUGCCAGUGUGAACAUAAUUGAGUGUCCAUCAACUUUGAACCGUAAAUUGUAUUUUUCGACAGUACAAUGCUCGAUCUCGAAGUAACCCCAGAGCGUUCGCUCGGUUCUACCACCGAGAAUUGGGAGUUUAUUCUCGGAAUGCAUUUUUCUCAAGCGGUUGCCAUUAUACAAUCUCAAGUAGGAAUAAUAAAGGGUGUACAGGUGCUUUAUUCCGAUGCGAACCCAUUGAGUGUAGAUAUAAUUAUCAAUCUGCCACAGGACGGCAUUCGUCUUAUCUUCGACCCGAUCCAGCAGCGGCUGAAAACGAUCGAGGUUUUCAACAUGAAGCUGGUCAAGCUAAAGUACUGCUCUCUGCCCUUCAACUCGCCCGAGGUGGUGCCCUCGAUAGAGGAGAUCGAGCAUUCGUUCGGUGCCACCCAUCCAGGUGUUUAUGAUGCCGCGAAGCAGCUAUUUGCACUGCAUUUCCGCGGUUUGAGCUUCUACUUUCCGGUCGACAGUAAGCUCCAGCCGGGAUACGCCCACGGGCUUGGCUCGCUUCAUUUCCCCAGCGGCGCAUCGCCGAUCGUCUCCAAAAUGGCCAUCUAUUCCGGUGUAAGCGUCAUCGACAGCCGCCCACCGGCUUUACCCCUCUCCUGCUACCAUCAGCAGCUCUAUCUAGAGGCGACCACCGUUCUGCGCAAUGCGCACGGAACACGAGGGCUCCGGUUACAGUUGUACACCGAGGGUUCGAUCCGUUCGCUUGAACCACGAAAGCAGUGCCUAACGCGCGAAAUUCUCUUCGGAGAUAGCUGCCAGGACGUCGCCAGCAAUCUGGGUGCUCCCUCAAGAGUAUUUUUCAAAAGUGAAGAUAAAAUGAAAAUACAUUCACCUAGUGCCCAUCGACGAGUUCAGUCAAAACGCAGUGAUUUCUUUUUCAACUACUUCACGCUCGGAAUCGAUGUCCUGUUCGAUGCGCGAACGCACAAAACGAAAAAAAUCAUAUUGCACACCAACUACCCCGGUCACUACAACUUCAACAUGUACCAUCGGUGCGAAUUUCAACUGGAGCUUGCGGCGGAUAAAGUCACCGAGGACACACCAUUGGAUGCACCUGUAACGAUAAAUGCGUAUUCCAAGUGGGAUACUAUUGCGUCCCGCUUAACCCCCGCCGAACGCCCCGUCGUUUUGCAUCGCGUUGGGUCGACUAACACGGCAAACGUGUUUGGUUCGACCUUCAGUUACGGUUACCAGGACAUUAUUUUCGAGGUAAUGCCGAACAACUACAUCGCUUCAUUGACGCUGUAUCAUCCACCAGCUCCGUAUCAUGUGGCCGAUUGGAACACAACUACCAGCAGCAGCAGCAGCAGUACCAGCGCUGUGAGCGCCGGCGGUAACCGCAACAUGCUGUUCCAGGAGCCGAAGCAAGGACAGGCCAACAUUCGUAUCACCGCAUGACCACCGGCAAGCAGCACUCGAAGCGGUGGCGGUGGAGAACCGCGCAAUGUGUAUCGUUAGAGAACUGUUGCCGGUAUUUCCCCGGGGUGGGAGUUUGCGAUGCCACACAAAAGCAGUGGAACACCGGCAAACUAUCUCCCUAUAAGUUUACUGCGUCCCAGACACAUCAUUUUUAUGAAACAUCUUCACUACCACCCGGCUCGAAAGAGCGACAAACACACCAACGUCAUUUUUUUUUUUUACAGUAUCCUCAGUUUCUGCUGCGGUGCACGCAAAAUCUAUCGAGUACCGCCGAAAAAUAUGGGCAUAAUAAGAAUAAGUGAUUCAUUUCAAUUCAUUCACAGCGACCGCAUCAAAGUCGCUUUAUCUUUUACAAGUCAAAGGCUCCUCCUUUCGUUGUGGUUUUAUGUAUUGUUUCGCGAGAGCCUAGAGUGAAGGAAACUGUGGAAAAGGAACUCUUAUAUUUUUUAAGUUGUUUUAUAUUAACAUUUAUUGUUCAACUUAUUUUCAAACACACAAAAAAACGAAACAAAAAAUCUAACUAGUAAGAUUAAAAUCAUUUGAACAGGUUUCGUUAUGCCUUCUGAAAUUCGUGAAGUUUGGUUGCUUGUAUUGAAUGCAAGUUUUGAAUGUCCGGCUUGAAAAAUGAGAAUACCAACACGGGCCCGGACUAUGUGAAAGUGUGAGCGAAUCUAGAGGUUUACUAAUUCCAAUUUAUCGGAUAGCCUUAAGCAUAAAACACGACAAACUUACAUAAAAACUAUAAAAAUAUUAAGCUAUAGGUGAUAUGGUACACAAAAUGACAUCAAACGACGAAAAAAAAUAUGUAUGCUACCAAAAACUGUACGUAAAAAUAUGUAAAAAUGUUUCUAUUGCAAACAGGAAAAAAAACUUUGAAUACGGUAAUGUUAACACGAGGAGUAGAAAAGGACGACCAUGGACGUUCGAACCACUCGACUAGUACACGGUACGGUCCAAAAUUCGAUUCAGAUCCACC